GGCACGGCCCCCCUUCUCCUUUUCUAAUUUAUGCAUAUGUAGCAAGAACAAGAAGUUAUGUGAUCAGCAUGACAUGGGAAAAGUCAUUGGUUUUCGGCCUCUGUUCGACCAAGAGUGCGAGCGGGGAAUGUGCUGGUGUGCACAUUCGGCGAGUUUCUUGAAGUGCGUUUAUGUCUUUUCGGGCUUGGUGAAAGCGAAUGUCGUCUGAGCUCGCGGAACGGAGGCGAUGGAUUGCGGUUGUGGCGCAUGACACAAGAAGCCCACCAAGAUUUGUCAUUGCCAAACUUGGUGGUGCUGAGAACACGGCGGAGGGGGGGUUUCCUUCUCAACCACCCCAAUUAAAUUUCUUGGAUUGAAAAGAGAAAAGAAGGGAAAUUUAUUCAUGUGAAAGUCAAACUUAGAGUCUCCCGGCCACCACCUCUGUCUCUAAUUUUAAAGAUUUAUGGUGAUCUGUUUUCCGCCAGCGGUUUGAACAAUAGAAAAAGUCUAAAGGCUUGGGACUCAGAGAGAGAGAGAGAGAGAGAGAGAGAGAAGAGAAAAGAAGGCUGAACAGACAGUAGGAAUUGUUUAUUUUUGCCCCUUCUGGAUGCUCUUCUCAAGAGAUUAUGUAGAGAGAGAGAAAGAGAUUGGGCCAAUAAUGGAGUGAAAUAGAGGUGAGAUAAAGAGUAGUUGACGGUGCUCGGUGUUCAAACACCCCAAAGUUUUGGUUUUUCUGUAGAUAAAUGUCUCCAUUUGUCAAAUUCGGAGGUGGGUGCCUUUCAAAUCUUGCACUGGGUGUAUACAAAGUGCAGAAAGUGAUGUGAAAGAAGCCAACUCUUUUUUGGGUUUCGGGUGAUUCUGGCAUAAGAUGGGUGGUCUUCUUGCUCUUGUCAUUCUGGUUUCUAGCUCGCUGCUGAUGUUUCCUAGUCCUGCAGCUUCUCUUCCUCUAUGCACUGAUUCAAGAUCGCCAAGUGCCCUGGCGACUCCAUUGACAUUCUGCCCUUACAAUGGAAGCAAAUGCUGCAACUCCACUGAAGAUUCGCAGUUGCAGAAGCAGUUUCAAGCCAUGAAUGUGUCCGACUCUGGUUGUGCAGCGAUUUUGAAGUCAAUCCUCUGUGCGAAAUGUGAUCCUUUCUCUGCUGAGUUAUUUACAGUAGCUACCACGCCUCGGCCGGUUCCUAUCCUGUGCAAUUCGACUGUUUUGGCUAAUUCAUCGCAGUCCAACCAAGCAGAGACUGACUUCUGCUCCACAGUAUGGGAUACGUGUCAAAACGUAUCGAUAUUCAACUCACCCUUUGCGCCUUCCUUACAAGGACAAGCCGGAAUACUGGUCAAUGCCAGCUUCACCAAGCUGACUGCAUUAUGGCAGUCUAAAGGAGAUUUCUGCAAAGCGUUUGGUGGAGCGUCACUUGAUGAAUCUGUAUGUUUCGAUGGUCAGGCUGUUAAGCUGAAUAGCACAGAAGCACCAAGCCCUCCAAAGGGGUUGUGCCUCGAGAAGAUAGGGAAUGGGUCAUAUCUUGAUAUGGCUGCCCAUCCUGAUGGGUCGAACCGUGCUUUCUUCUCUGACCAGAAGGGUUAUAUUUGGCUUGCUACUAUUCCUGAGCAGGGAUCGGGAGGAAUUUUGGAGAUUGAUCAGUCCAGUCCCUUUUUAGACCUGACUGAUGAGGUUCAUUUUGAUGUACAAUUUGGGUUGAUGGGUAUUGCGAUCCAUCCGAACUUUGCAGAGAAUGGCCGGCUGUUUGCUUCAUUCAAUUGCGACAAGUCAAAGUGGCCUGGUUGUGCGGGAAGAUGUGCAUGCAAUUCAGAUGUGAACUGUGACCCUUCACAGCUACCUUCCGAUGGCGGUUCUCAACCGUGCCAAUACCAAACUGUCAUUGCAGAAUAUUCUGCUAAUGGUUCUGCAUCUCAGCCUUCUAUGGCAAAGAGUGCCCAACCGAUUGAAGUGAGAAGGAUCUUCACUAUGGGCCUUCCAUUUACCGCUCAUCACGGAGGACAGAUCCUCUUUGGACCCACUGAUGGGUACUUAUAUUUUAUGAUGGGCGAUGGUGGCUCGCCUAAUAACUCAGGCGACCCCUACAACUUUUCCCAGAACAAAAAAUCGUUGCUCGGGAAGAUCAUGAGGCUUGAUGUUGAUAACAUCCCGAGUGUUGAUCAAAUAAACAAACUUGGUCUCUGGGGAAACUACUCUAUACCCAGUGAUAAUCCCUUCACCGAAGAUAACGGGUUGCAGCCGGAGAUCUGGGCUGUAGGGAUGAGAAAUCCAUGGCGUUGCAGCUUUGACGCAGCAAGGCCUUCCUAUUUUAUGUGUGGAGAUGUUGGUCAGGAUACAUAUGAAGAGGUCGAUCUAAUCACCAAGGACGGAAACUAUGGCUGGCAUGCUUAUGAGGGUCCGUAUCGUUACGCCUCUGAAGGAAAUACUUCAGUACGCGAAAACUUCAUUUUACCUGUGCUGGGAUAUAAUCACUCACAGGUUAAUAACAAGCUAGGAUCUGCGUCCAUUACUGGCGGCUACUUUUAUCGGUCAACCACAGACCCGUGCAUGUAUGGAAGGUACUUGUACGCAGACUUAUACGCCGGAGCGCUCUGGGCCGCCGUGGAGACUCCUGAGAAUAGUGGCAACUUCACUUCGAGUGAGAUACCCUUCAGCUGCGCGACAGACUCGCCUAUAAAGUGCGACUCUGUGCAAGGAAGCUCGCUUCCGUCUCUGAACUACAUCUACUCUUUCGGGGAAGACAAUCGCAAGGACAUAUACAUUCUGGCUUACAACGGGGUAUAUAGGGUCGUCCGCCCAAGCCGCUGCAGCUACACAUGCCCGAAAGAAAGCAUUACCAACGUCUCGGCCCCGGCUCCGAGCACACAGCCUUCGGAUGCAAACCUGUUGGUCUACAGAUACAGCAGCUUGGUGUGCCUAGUUGCCUCUCUGUGGUUAUUCCUCUGGGGCAACAUGUAGCCCUACCUGACGGCCUGAAAAAUGUAGCAACUUUAUGCAAAUGCACUCUCUCCGGCAACUUCGCGAGUGUGAAUUCCAAUUUUGCUUGCAGAUCA